GCUGCUUCGCCUUAGUUUUCAAUUUCAACUGCGCGCAAAUUAGUAAAUUCCCGAAAAUGAAUCUACUAAAUAUGCUUUUGGAGACGGACUCGAUGGUCAAGAUGGUUACCAAGGAUGCGGAGCAGUGGCAGCAGUCUAUUCAAGGUGGCCGGCUGACCAUGAAGCAGGUUAAGACCAUAAACCUUCAGAUUUUUGACACCGAAAAUCAACUGAACUCCCGGGACUCUCGUCGCUAUCUGCAAACGCGGGAGAAACGUAUCAAUUACUUGUUCGAGCGACUCCAGCAACCACUAUGGACGAUGAACCAAAUCCUCAAGACUCUGACGCGGAUCAGGGACAACACUGACCGGAUGCACAAUCGCCUUGCGCUCUGGAUGGACGAUCCGAACGUGGCAAAGCACAAGAUCGCCUCCAAUCUGAGAUCCCCGGAACUGCUGGAGCUAUUGGACUUCCUCAGCGGGCGUUACAGUGCCGAGUGGGAGGUCAAGGAGGUGGUUGUGAGGGACUUGGAGCACAUUAACAAUGCCAAAGAGCUGGAUUUUUUUGUGGAGGCGUGGUCUAUUUGUCGCCAUUCGGAUGGAUAUGAGUUCCAGCGCUUAUUGGGCGAUUUUUACGACAAGAUCGGGCGGCGUAAUCGUUUUCUGAUGCCAGCCCCGUGAGAGGAAACGGAAACCCACAAUAAACAGCCAUAAGUUUAAGAAAACCACAUCUUAUUUUUGAAUUUGAUGUUAUUUU